GGCAACUGAGAAAGCGGAAAAGAGCAAGGGCCCUCAAGUGAGGAAGGAGGGUAAAAAAACAGCAGGGGACAAAACUCAGCCUGUAAAAGAGAGGGUUCAGGACAGAAACACCAAGAAAAACAAGCCGCCACACCCAACUACCUCCCGCGAUCAGAGGGAUGGAAGGGCGAUAGUGGUUUGGAAAAGGAAGGACCCUAAUGCCUUGGAAAGGAGGAAAGGUCACCAUAUCCCUCUAGGGGAAGAAAAGAGAGGGCAGCCCUCAGAAAGGAUAGACAACAAAGCGGAGCAGGGCAAGAAGGCAGAGAAGAAUAAAGGGAGGAGGGCUUCCCUUGGAAAACUCCAUUGGAAAACGGGGACAUGGAUGUAGUGAUGACGAGUGAUGAAGAAGAAGAAGACGAGAAAGAAAAGGGGGCAAAGGAGGGGGAGAAGAAGGAUGAAGAGCUGCAGGAAAUAAAAGAAUCUGAGGAGGAGGAAGGAGAGAGUGAGGAGGAGGAGGAGAAGAGUGAGGAAGAGGAGACAGACAAAGAUGAAGAGGACGAAGAGGGGGAGGAUGGAGGAAAAGGUGAAGAGGAGGAAGACGAACAAGAGGAGGAAGAGGAUGAAGAGGACGAAGAAUAAAAGAAAGCAGAUGAGGAAAGUGAGGAGAAGGACAACAGGGAAGAAAACGGGGAGGAAGAAACAGAUAAAGAUAGGUGUUUUGA